CUGGAGGUUUCUUCCUUUUAAAUGGGAGUUUUCCUCUCCAGUGUUGCUACAUACAUGCUCUGAAUGAAAGAUUGCUGUAAAGUAAAUGACACAAUGCAAGUGAUAGUCUAUUGGUAAUAAAAUAAGAUAAUUUAUUUGUCUCCCAUGGGAGAAAUUUGUCUUAGAAGAGGAGACAAACCUGCAGCACAGCAAAAACUGAACAUUACUGUCUCUACAUGCUGGUCCAGAAGGAGUGAAUCCUGUAAGUCAAUGACUCAAUGCAAUCUGACAGGUUUCCUUCGAAACAUUUUAGCUACUUCUUAGUAUAAUAAAGUGAGCUUAAUAUAUUAUUUCACAACUAGGAUCAAUUGAAAUGUAUGUAUGAUUUCUUUUGUAAAGUGUCUCAAGGCGACAUUUGUUGUGAAUAGCUGCUAUAUAAACUGAAUUGAACUGAUUUGAAAGCCACUGCAUGACUGAAAUGAGUUUGAAUUGAUCCAGAUUGUGACGGGGUUCUCUUAUGAUUUAGUCAAGCAUAAUGACUAGUCCAAGUCGGAGAUUGUUUUUAGAGGAUUUUAUUCGGCUUUGGGUCAACAGUUUCACCUCCAGCGUGAGUCUAAGCACAGACUGCCUGCCUGUGGCACAGAGCCCUGCUUUUAAAGCCACAGGCUCCGCCCACAGACAUUCCAAACAAUCAAGAACUAAACAAUUACUUCCAACUCAAAUAAACUCUUAAAGUAUACAAAAUAAUAAGAAUAAUAACAACAACAACAACAGAAAUAAAUAAAUAAACUUGUAAACAAAAAUACAAUACACAAUUUGAUACAAAACACCUGGUACUAAUCAGAUGACAUCAUGCAGUCAUCAUGUGACUGCCUCCUAGCAAGCCACCAUCUAGAAAAAAAAAACCUACUUGAAAAUAAAACCAGGAAACUGUUUGAUUCUGAAAAUAAUGGAUUUUGGAUGAAUGUUUAACUGAAAUAGGAACACCGUGUGUGCACCCACAAUGAACCUUCUCAGCUCAACCUGCAACAAAAAAAUGUCUCCAGUGGUGAUUGUCCUGGUGUCUGAUGGGAAGCGUUGUUUGUUGGGCCGUCAGUCGUCCUUCCCUCGUGGGUUGUAUAGUGCUCUGGCUGGCUUCUGUGACAUGGGGGAGACUCUGGAAGAGGCUCUGCGCAGGGAGGUAGCAGAAGAGGUGGGUCUGGAGGUACAGAACAUCAUCUAUAGUUCAUCGCAGCACUGGCCAUUCCCUCACAGCUCCUUCAUGUUGGCCUGCCAUGCCACUGUUAGCCCCGCCCACUCUCAGCUGAAUGUGGACCACUUGGAGCUGGAGGAUGCUCGCUGGUUUACUGAGGAAGAAAUCACCUGCGCUCUGCAGGUAAAAGCUCCACCAAGGAGAGAUCAUCAACCUGCCUUCUGGCUGCCUCCCAAACAUGCUGUUGCUCACCGCCUUAUCAUGGAGUGGAGGGAGCAGCAACACAGCAAGGACACAGAAUGAUGUCUCAAUGUGUUGAAGAACAAUAAAAGAACUCAUGAAAUAAAGUCCUACUGUAUUAUCCCUA